AUACUACCGUGGUCUAGACAAAAUCUGAUCAGCCAUAGGGGGGAAAAUGUAGAAAAGGGGCGUGCUGUAAUACUUCCUAACAGUUCAUCCCUGUUAUACGACGAAGUAUGAUAGUUAUUGCAGGCCUACCUCCAAUGAGAUUACUUCCCACCGACUCUACAUUAUGUAUUUCUUGAACGUAGAUAGUUUCUUGGUGAGACUCUACCGGUCACACAGCCCAUGGUCAUAUGGUCAUUGGAUUUAAAUACGAUCAAGAUAACACGAGCGGUGGCGGGUGAGACGCAUCUGCUUCACAUCGUGAAGGCUCUAAAGAAAUGUUUCCUAUUGGAGUGGAAUUUCAUCGGUCCCUGUGUGCCUUGAUGCCUGAGACAUGGAGGAACAACAGUAUCACGUGAGCCCGGGAUCCCCUCAGGUGCCAAGGGGAUUCCUAUCUAAAAAUACAUACCAAGGGUCUUAUCAUUGGCUACACGAAUGUCUUCCCUCAGGAAAAAUCAACAGUCGGUGAUAUCCGAAGUUUUAUCAUCUGCUUUAGGAAAUAUGAACAUAUUCAACUACUUUCGAUCAAGAUGAACUAAAAAUAUACUAUAUAUCUCUUACGGCGUGCUCUACUGGGCACUACGAACUCCUGUUCCAACCGUUAGCCCCACAGUAUCGCGAUCUGAACUCCGCUGAAGGCACUAGCGGUUGAUCUUUGUUCUCACAGACAUCCACGAUCCGCUGCGGAACAAUGGGCAUGCUCUUGGGUGCCUUGGGGCAGCCAAUAGGUUCCUGCGUGCAGAUUUGGCGCCGGUACACUUGGCAUCUCAUUGUAGUCUACUUAGUAUUACUCGGUGUGGUGUUUCUAACCCUUGUGUCAAAGCUGAAUGGCGAAGACCCCAUAUCCGUCAGAGACAAGACCCAUGGUCCCUAUGAGCCAUUACCAUUGACGCUAUCCAAGGCAUUGGUAUUAGCUAAGAUACGGGAAGAGAAUGUCUCCUGGAUAGAUGAUCUUCAGCCUCAAUGGAGACCAUAUAUCUACACUGCUGACAAUGAGCCGGGGUACUAUCCGGUUCCGGAGAAUAAAGGGCGAGAGGGGAUGGCGUAUCUAACGCACAUCAUCGACAACUACGAUGAUCUAACUGAUAUCAUUGUUUUCAUGCAUGCCUCAGGUACACAAUGGCAUAAUGAUGUUGGUGGUACAAACUCAUCUUAUCUCUUAACUAAGCUCCAUCUCGACGUCGUAAAGCAGAGAGGAUACACAAAUCUUCGUUGCCAGCGGCGUCCGGGAUGUCCAAUCGCGGUCCGUCCACUUGAUCCAGAGUACACCUCGAGCUCCAAUAUUGUGUACCGCAAUUUCACUACCAUUUAUACACAGCUUUUCAACACAUCUCUUGAACAGGUGCCAGCUGAAAUUGGUGGGAUAUGCUGUGGCCAGUUCGCUCUCAGUAGAGAACGGAUUCACCAGCGGCCACGAAACGAAUAUGUGCGCAUGCGAGACUGGGCUCUUUCCACGAGUCUAGAUAACUUCACAGUUGGAUCUGUUUUUGAAAUGUUAUGGCAUAUGGUUUUCUUAGAGGGUCCAGUUUCAUGUCCAGAUACCCAUCAGUGCUACUGUGAGCUUUAUGGUCUGUGUGAUGAGUAAUGAUCUUCAUGUCUGUUUUUGAGUUACGAUAUAUGGCGAAAUGGGUUCAUAGUAAACAAUUAUUACAUAAAUUGCCUAUGUCGAUUAAUCACCAAGUUUUAUGCCCCA